UUUUUUUUUUGCUUUUUCUCCCACUAGACUACAGGCUCCCAUAGAGCUGAGAGAGUGCCAAGCAUUUCUCUUGCGCCCUCCAAAAAACUGCUCCAGGCACCUGUUAAAAUGAAAAAUAUCCCUAGGAGGGAGAACAAGUUGAAUGAUUGGAGACUAAUUAUUUUGGUGAUAGAUGAUUUCCUAUGACUAGGGGGAAGAAAGUGAGUGGAUAGAAAAUGUGGGCAAAUGACACAGAAAAGGAAGUCUGGCUGAGGAAAGGCACCUAGAGGCAAACAUCAACUAUUCUUCAAUUCUGUUCAGGCCACCUCAGCAUCUCUCACAUGAUCCCCAAUUACUCCAUGACAAAAGGGUCAUAGAAUAACUGACCUCCAGACCAAUGAAGCUUAGAGACUACCACACUCCCUAGGAGUACCCAAGGGUGGUGCAGGGAGUACCCAAGGGAUCUGGCCCCAAUGCACAGAUUUCUUCAGUGACCUCCCCUGGGACACUACUCCAGUCCAGAGACUGCUCCUUCUAUUUUCUCCCAGGACUGGCCCUUAUGACUUAAUGUUCUUGUCGGAGACUGAAGAUUAAUAACAAUAACAUCUGUUGAACUCUUACAAUGUGGUAGAUGCUCUGAUAAGGCCCCCACAUACUUUAUCUCUUUCCUUCCUCAUAGUUACCAUAUUAAGACAUACUAUUUCCCUCCCCCUUUUCUGAUGAAGAAACUGAGGCAGAGCUAUAGAAAUGAACACACACAGUGAUGGGGAUCCAUCUGAUCCCAGGAAAACUAAUGGGAUGGGGAGGGAUGCAGGAGCAGCUUUGACUUUCCCUGUCAAUACUUAUUCUCUUCACCUGCAAAGCCUUUCCUUCAACCUGAUACCUUGAAAAUAAUGCUUCUCCUUCAAGGCUUACUCAUUAAACUAUACCCAACCUUGCCAGGAUAACCAGUUUCUCUUGUCUUCUCACGGUUGUUUAUGCCCCUGGUUAAACUCUUAUAAUUUGACUUAUAUUAUUAGUAAUACAGGGUGGCUGUGUCUUGUCCAAAUUAACUCCUUGAGGGCAAGGACCUCAUUUUGUUCAUUGCUAUAUUCCUAAAGCCUAGAACAGUGCCUAGGAUGUUGCAGAUACUAAAUUUUUGGAGUGAACACAGCAGUCGGCAUGUGCGUGUAUUCUCUCCCAUGAGAUGGGACCUUCCAUGGCAGAGAUACAGAGAUACCAUGAGCCUAGAUGCCUAGAGAGGGUUAAAGUAUAGCCAUGGACAGUGUCAGUGUGAGGUUUAGGCCACAGAUGGGAUUUCAGGGUAUCAGAAAUUCUCCCCUUAAAUUUUUCUCACUGAUUCCAUUGGCGGCACAAUCUACCACCUUAUUAUCAUCAAGGCUUCACCUGAUUUGGGAUCCAGGUAAAAUGUAAAAUUUCCCAGAGGAUAUUUUGUUCACUUACAAUCUGAAAAUCACACUCUGCUGGUCAGUGAAGGUGGUUUUGAUCUGGAAAGAGCCUCUGAGAUACUGGGAACCUGAGGUGGAAGGUGAAGGAAGGAACUGGCCCCAGGAGUUGUUAAUUUGAAGUCUGUGGAUGGGCCUCAGGGGGGUCCAGAACCCAGAAUUAUAUUCAGAAGCAUCGCAUGUUGAUUCCUAAGUGUGUUUCUCCAAAAUGAAGUUCCACAAGUUCUUUCAUUAGGUUCUCAGAAUGGGUCUGGGGCCUUAAGGAGAAUGAGAAGAGCUGGAGGAGAUAGCCAAAACCAGCCAUUUGCACCCCAGUUUCUCUGACAUCCCAGUUUUGCUCUGGGCACCUGGGCUGGCCUAGGCAAUGGUGCCCUACAGGCACCACUGGCUGGCCUAAGGCAAUGGUGCACAAGGAGAAAGAACAAAGGAAGAUGAAAAGGGGCAAAGGCACUGGAGAGGGCCAGGAGGGGAACCUAAGAUAAAGGGUAAAAAUGUUGGGCAUCAGACACAGAACUAAAAGAGGUCAUACGGCCCAAUCUCCAUGUUUUAGAGAUAAAGAAAGGCGGUCCAGAGAGGUUAAGUAACCCGAACACUUGGGGUCAGCAAGCAGCUCUCUUGCCAAAGACUGACCCUGCUCUAGGCCAUCUCUAUGGCCUCACAGUUUGUUCAUUCAACAACAGAUAAGCUCACAAGGAAAGGCCAGUAAUGCUCCUGUUAUCCGACUGUUUGGGUGGUGACUGUGGGCCACUGCAUUACUGAAACUUGGCAUGUGGAAUCACAGAUAAGAUAUGGAAGACAUUCCCCUGGGGAUGCUUUGCUGACCCUAGGCCCAAAAAGUUUAACCUGCUAACCAUUCACUUCACUGACAUUUACUGAGCACCUUCUAGGUACAAGGCACUCAUGGUGGUCUCCACGGAGGCCACAGACAGGAGAAAGACGUGACUCUUAGCCCUGGAAGAACUAUGCUGUGGUAAUGACGAAAGACAUCCCACUGCAUGGGCAGCUGGGUGUUCUGUAUAGGAGACUGGUUGUUACCACAUCCAGGUAGGUGAGCCAAAGCAAGGCCACUGGGACUUCACUGCAGUAAAUCUUGUACAGCAAGGCUCAGGGAGGGCUCUGGAUCUUGCCACAAGAAUGGGAUUCAGUGGUUUCUCCAGCUACUCUAGACAGUCUUACUUCGGGACCUUGCAUAGUUGCUCCCAGAGUCAUGGAGUCCCACAAGCCCAUUGUACCACAGAGAUCUUAAGCCUGAGGAUUUUAGCCAGUGGUGGUGGUUCUGAAAGUUUCACUUUAGCCCUUGUCUCCAUGUCCUGAGCUAGAGAGAAUUUGCUUCCUCAGCCAGGGCUCAGGGAGGCUUGGGAAGCAAAUGAGCUCAAGGGGGCUAGUUAGCCACUGUGACUUGAACUCAGGCCCCAACUCCAAAUCCUGCUCCUGUGAUAUUCUCACUUCUGAUCUUUCCUUCUUCAGGUUAAAAGCCUAAGAAUAGGCUGAAAAAUUCCACUACCUAUUUCCUCAGAGGCCAGACAACAUGUUAGGUCUUGUAAAAUGGAAUCGCAAAGUGAAGUGGGAGGAAACCUCUUAUUGAAAGGACUUGUGCUGUGGGAAUGGUGGGCAGUCCGCCCCUUCUGCCUCCUCCACGGGACAGGUCUUAGUGAGAAGAUAUGGUUUGAUGUCAGGCGGCACCUGUACGAGAGGGUCUGAGGGCCCCAUGGAGGGCCUCAGGUCUCACAAUACCCCUCCCUUGUCUCAUGGCCAGAAAGGCUUUUAAUGAUCAAGAUCUAAGAGGAUUUGCAGGGGGUCACUGUUGACUAUACUUUAAAAACAAAUUCUCUUGGCAGAGGAUCUCAUAUACAACCCAUGGGGGAGACAAUGGGGUAGGUGUGUGAGGGACAAGAGGGAACACUCAGAGGGGCAAAGUUGAAAGCUGAAGUAAAAGAGCAGCCAGACCAACUGGUAGUUGGACAGUAAGCUAUGGUAAAGGAGCAUUUCCACAAACAUGCAGUGUGGGAUCUCAAAUAUGACAAAGAAAUCCCCAGUCCUGCCUGAUGCCCAAGAGCUUUGGAUCCACAUGCUCAUGUGAAAUGUGGAUUUUGGCAGCCUGUGCAUUUAUUAGAGAGGGAAACUUGCCUGUCAUGCACUGUCAAUAGUCUUCCCUACUUGGUUGGAAUGCUAGUGGCUGAGGUCUUGUCAGUGAUCCCUAAAGGGGGGUCCAGGUGAACCACACAAUGUUUAUCCCUCCAGGUUUCCCUUGUUGGUUUCUAUUAUCUCUCCAGCUCCUGAACAAAAUGUUGCCAGGGACUCACUUGAAAGCUUGCUGGGAAGAAUGACUAGAACCCGCAAUGUCAUGACCCUGGUAAGAGGGCAUGGAAAUCAGAUCACAGAAUGUGGGUAAACGUUUCCCACUUUUAAGGGACAAUUGACAAGUGACAGUAGUUCCCUGGAUCUCAUGUAGUUGGUUAAUUUUUCAAGGGAGAUAACUGCGCUAUUGGAAGACCUCAAAGUUUCUUUCCAGCUCUGACCCCCUGUGUUUCCUUGAUGUAGAAGUUCAGGAGCAGCUCUGCCUGUCAUCCCAGAGAGCUGUGGUCCUCACACCAGGGCCUAGCUUAACAGCACCUUCCUCAGAACUUGUCUUAUGCCUCUCAUGUUUGAAUGUAUCACCUCGCCCAGACAGGAGCUUUAAUAAAUGUUUAUUUAAUGAAACUCUCCAUGACUCUGAGUUAUAGAGUGAUUUGGCAGUCAAAAGCAAGAGUGUCCCAGGCUCCUGUCAAAGAAAGGAGGAGGGGUAUUUAUAGAAACCUUGUAAGUAAAGGCUCAGAGAUGCAUGGGGAGGAAGCAAACCUUUUCCUGGGAGGCCUGUGGGGCAGAACCAGCCAAGCUGGAGAGAUGUGGGGGAGGCAUGAGGGAGAACUCCCAGGUAAGGAUGUCUGUGGGUCAAUGAGGAAUCAGAAUGUUGGUACAGAAAACCAAGACACAAGUCUGAAUGAGGAUGAAUUUGGAAGCCUUGCAAUCAACUAGAAGCAAAGAAGGUUUAGCAAGGAACUGAGGUAAUGAAAACUGACUUGAAAAACAGCAUGGCUGCAGCGUGUAAGACAAACUGAAAGGCAAGGUAUGAGACGGGUUGCGGGGAGGCAGCACUGGGGAGUAAAAUCUGAACAAAGGUAGAAACUGCAAAUUCAGGCCACAGGUUUGUAGUGAAGCAUCUACAAACUCCAGGACACACUUCUAGGAGUGGGAUACAGCCAUGAAGGAGAAGACAUAGUACCCUGGCCUUGAAGAACUCACCUAGAAGGAGAGGUCACAGAAGGAGGAGGAGGACUUUUAAGAUCAAGUAGCCCAUUUUAUUAGGUAAGGGGUUUGAGGAAACUUACAAAAACACAUCCAACUCAUAAGGAUAAAUGUAAAUGAUUGUAUCUAUUAUCCUUGACCUCUCUUUAGAUAAAACAGUGAGUUGUGUACAACUGAUCUUAUAAAUUCAUUCAGUGUCAGUUUAUGGCCUGGCACCAAAGCAUGACUAGGCAAAGGCAGUCCCAGGAAGCAGCCCCCUGUGGGGACCCAAAAUCAGAAGGUGCAGCAGGGAGACCCAAGGUAGCUGGGUCACGUUUCUCUGCAAGUGGGACAUGAAGGAAGGAUGGACCAGGUGUACUGAAGAUGGAGAGAGGAAGGGCAGGCUUGGCACCUGGCCUCAGGCCCAGGGAGGCUGGGUACUCUGAACAGGUCAUCCCCAUGCUGCAAGGUAGGGUUUGGUAGGGUCUGGCCAGGCCAGGGGGGCACUCCUGCAAGGCUAGGGCCUGUUUCCCCACCAUGCAGAGGGUCAAGGCUGUACCAGGACAUCGGGAGCCCUUUCUGGCACUGCAGGGCCCAGAGUGUGUCCUGAACCCAAGGCACCAGGACACUCAGGCUCUGCUGUGUUCCCAGCAGACUUUGCCCUGGCUCAGACUGGGGACUCUUGGUGUAGGACUGGUAUUUCCUUAUCCUGAGGUUGUGGGGCAGUAAGUGAAGGUAUUAGGAUACCUGUGGCUCCACACAGAAAAGGAACACAGGCCUGGUUCAUCAGGAUGCCAAAGCCCCUGCUGGGUGCCGGGCCCAGUGUGGGAUGCCCCAGUGAAUGAAGUGUAAAGACCACUCAGCAAACAAAUGCCUGGAGAUCCAGGCAUUUGAGAUGGCAUUUGAAGGAACAUGGCACUUGAGGGCCGUGUGUGUGUGUGUGUGUGUGUGUGUGUGUGUGUGAGUGUGUGUGUGUAUGUUUGGGGGUGUGUGUGAAGGUAUUCCUGGCACAGAGGACAUACCAGGAAUCCCUAUGGAGUUCUAGGAUCUUCCUACUUUCCUUUACCACCACUCAAAGUCUUCUGUUCAACUAACCUGUCUGUGUGGCCCAUUAGAAUGUUCUACUGAGCAGGAAAACCAACAUGCAAGGAGGAAAGAAUUUGAAAGGACCUUUCCAGCUGUGGUAUUCGGAGGUCUGAAAAGCUUACUCCUUUAAAGUAAGUCAGUCUGAAUAGCUUAGAAAUGAACAUAGAUAGUUUAGGAUUGAAAAGUCCCUGAUUGUAGAGACCAAAUAAAUCCCACAAUAAGGCAUCAAAACGGCAUGAUUAAGAAUAUGGGCUCUGCAUUGGGUGUUGUAUGUAAGUGAUGAAUCACUAGAUUCUACACCUGAAACCAGUGUUACAUUGCAUGUUAACUAACUGGAAUUCAAAUAAACCUUGAAAAAAAAUAAAGCAUGGGCUCUGGAGAGAGACCACAUGGGUUCUAAUCCCAGCUCUGUAACAAACAACCUGGGUGCCCUAUUUAUUACACCUCAGUUUCCUCAUCUGCAAAAUGGGGAUUGUCUUAAUUAGCUUAGGGUUGCUGUGAACGUAAAUGGCUUACUAUUGGUAAAGACUUGGAACAAUGUCUGACACAUAGUAAAUGCUUUGUAAGCACUAAAAAAAAUCUCAUAUUCUUUGAGGCAUCUUUAGGACAUACUUUUGGGAAAGAUGAGCAAUGAGGCUUCUUAGCCGUAUUAACCAUUUAGACAUACAGUCUUUGCUUUACACGGUAGUGCAAGACCAUAAAAAUGACCAUGCAAAGUGAAACUGUCAAGCAACCCUAAAAAUCAAGAGAAAAAAUACAAGUAUUCCAUGGCUUUUAAAAUUUUUGUUGAAACAUUAAAAACUCUCUUUCUAUAGGUUUUAAGCAUAUAUGGAAAUGAAAAAAAUAGUAAGACAAAAAUUAUAAUAUACCAUAAUUUAAACAUUAGAAACACUGCAAUUUUUAAAAGUGUUUUCUUUGUAAAAACAAAACAAAACAAAAAACUUGAGAGUAUUUGAACAUUUCUUGCUGCCUUCUCUUUGUAUAACUUAUGUGGUAGGAGCAUCUUUUCCACGCCUUCAUGAACUGUCAUACUCUUUUAUACAUUUGCAUCAGCUUCCAACAUUGUACCCUUUGUGAUUUCAAUGUUAUGAAGUAGCUCUUGAAGGUUUUUUUACUAAAUUUUUUUUUUCCUGAGAGUUCCUUUAAUGUAAAAUUUUCUGCCAGGAUCACUUCCUCUGGGAUAUCUUCCUUCUUUUUGUCUCAAUCACUUUCUUCACUUAUGCUUUUAACAUUGGUUUCAGGUUUCAUCAUUAUAAACGGAAACUUUAAAGGUCCUGGCUGUCAUAAAGUCACAGGGAGCUUACUCAAAAUGAUAUAAAAUUCCACUUAGGAAAUUAAAUACCUAAAAAUUCAACCUCUUCAGAGCAGCUACUUAUUAACAAAGGAACCAGAUGAUGACACAUUGCUGACUUUUCAGACUCAGCUUAUAUAUAUUUUAAAACAAACAAACAAACUGCCCAACACAUGUGCAAGCAUUUUCAGUGCCUUGCACUUAACUGUUGAUAAUUAUUUAAAUGGUGGAAUAGAAUGAGUCAACAGUAUGAAUCAAGCAAGUGAAUGAAUUAAACUAUAUUAUGAAAUGUAUGUAAUUGCCAGAAAUGAGUUUUUAACUGGAUAUUUAAGAUAUCAUAUAGAUCAGAGGAGAAAUGUAAUUACAUACUCUUUAAGAAUCUGAUGAAAGUUCUUUCCCCCUAAAAGUUCAGGUGAGCAGAUACAACAUGUUAUGCAGCAUGUCAGGAAGUUCACAGAGCACCUGAAAUCCAAUUAGAAGCCCUGGUUACAAAUCUAGAACUAUUAUUACUGGAUAAGAUCCUGCCAAAAUCUGUUUCAGAGCCAUUAUAAGUCCUGCAAACUAAGGUCACUUUCCAAGGAAGGGUAAUCCUUGGAGCAGUCAUCUGGUACCAGGAGUGCAUUGAAUGGUCGCUCUUGCUGGCUAUACAAGUUUAUUCAAUCUAGGUCUCUUCAACAAACCUCCAUCCCUGAAACUUUCCUCUGAGAGUACUGGUAUUAGAAAACCUUACUGAAAAGACAGACUCAACAUUACAUUGUUGAGAAUCAUGACAGAACCAGCAAAUCAAACUAAAAACUCUCUUGCAUAGGAUGUUAGCUGCUGUGGGCAAAACAUAAGAGGCCACAGCCUACUGUGGAUGGGAUUUUAUUCUUUCUGUCCUUUCUUUCCUUCCUCCUUCCCCAUUCCUUCUCUUUAUUCUUCUUCUCCCAUUCUUUUUUCCUGCUAAUGCUGACAUUGCCCCCCAUGGGCACUGCUUUAUCCAGGCCAUAGUGCAAGAGAUUUUAGCCUUAUUAACGUCAAUAGAAAAAGAUUAUCCUGAGUGAGUCACGCUGAAUUCACUGAACAACCUAAUAAGAAGCUCUGAGGACGCCUCAACAAUCUCCAAGAAAUUCAUUCUUGCUGGAGAAGCUUACUCUUUGGGGGAAGUAAUUUUGAUCAAGGGAGUUGGGGAUUACUUUUUUAAAAAAUUGAUUUGGCUUCAAAAGAAACAGAUUGCCUAAACAAUAUCUGCUGAUGAAGUCACAGAAUGACUCCAUCUCUGGAAUGAGCUUCAUUUUCUUGUAUUUUGGUUAGAAAUUUGACUCUCAAUUGGGAAUUCAGCCACUCUACCCACUCAAGGGCAAGAUGAUAAGGUUCUAUCAGACCAAGCGUCUAAACGAACCUGAGACUCUACCAAGGUCAGAAAUGCUGCACUUCAAGCCAAAAGAUCUCUCUUCAGCUUGCUUGUUUUGACUUGUAACCACAACUUUGUCUUGUCUAGGUGUCCAAUCACAUUAUAAAACAAAGUGCUUGAUUUCUAUAGUACAGCAUCCUUUGAACCAACAGGAGUCCUAGAUAUUCUUCUUCUUCUUCUUUUUUUUUUUUUUUUUUGCUGCUCUGAUUUACAUAGGGCUUUAAAUUGUUUUUCCUGAGCUCAAGAAACAAAAGAUGGUUUUGGAAAUGCUGAACCCAAUGCAUUACAACAUCACCAGCAUGAUGCCCGAAGUCAUGCCUGUGGCCACCAUGCCAAUCCUGCUGCUCACUGGCUUUCUUCUUUUGGUUUGGAAUUAUGAGGACACAUCUUCAAUACCAGGUCCUGGCUAUUGCAUGGGAAUUGGGCCCCUCAUUUCCCACUGCAGGUUCCUGUGGAUGGGGAUUGGCAGUGCCUGUAACUAUUACAACAAGAUGUAUGGAGAAUUCAUGAGAGUCUGGAUAUGUGGAGAGGAAACACUCAUUAUUAGCAAGUCCUCAAGUAUGUUCCAUGUAAUGAAACACAGUCACUACAGCUCCCGAUUCGGCAGCAAACUUGGGUUGCAGUGCAUCGGCAUGCAUGAAAAUGGCAUCAUAUUUAACAACAAUCCAACCCUCUGGAAAGCUGUUCGACCUUUCUUUACAAAAGCUCUGUCUGGCCCUGGACUCGUGCGCAUGGUGACAAUUUGUGUUGAAUCCGUCAUAACACAUCUGGACAGGUUGGAGGAGGUCACCAACGAACUGGGUUACAUCGACGUGUUGACCCUCAUGAGGCGCAUCAUGCUAGACACCUCUAACAUGCUCUUCCUGGGGAUCCCACUGGACGAAAGUGCCAUUGUGGUUAAAAUCCAGGGUUAUUUUGAUGCGUGGCAAGCUCUCCUUCUCAAACCAGACAUCUUCUUUAAGAUUUCUUGGCUAUACAGAAAAUAUGAAAAGUCUGUCAAGGAUUUGAAAGAUGCCAUGGAAAUUCUGAUAGAAGAGAAAAGACACAGAAUUUCCACAGCAGAGAAACUGGAAGACUGUAUGGAUUUUGCCACUGAGUUGAUUUUUGCUGAGAAACGUGGUGACCUGACAAAAGAGAAUGUGAACCAAUGCAUACUGGAAAUGCUGAUCGCAGCACCAGACACCAUGUCUGUCUCUGUGUUUUUUAUGCUUUUUCUCAUUGCAAAGCACCCUAAGGUUGAAGAGGCAAUAAUGAAGGAAAUACAGACUGUCGUUGGUGAAAGAGAAAUAAGGAUUGAUGAUAUGCAAAAAUUAAAAGUGGUGGAAAACUUUAUCUAUGAAAGCAUGCGGUACCAGCCUGUUGUGAACUUGGUCAUGCGCAAAGCCUUACAGGAUGAUGUCAUAGAUGGCUAUCCAGUGAAAAAGGGGACUAACAUUAUCCUGAAUAUUGGAAGAAUGCAUAGACUUGAGUUCUUCCCCAAGCCCAAUGAAUUUACUCUUGAAAACUUUGCAAAGAAUGUUCCUUACAGGUAUUUUCAGCCAUUUGGUUUUGGGCCCCGUAGCUGUGCAGGAAAAUACAUCGCCAUGGUGAUGCUGAAAGUCAUCCUGGUUACACUUCUGAGACGAUUCCACGUGCAGACUUUGCAAGGAGAGUGUAUUGAAAAUAUGCAGAAAAAACAUGGCUUGUCCUUACACCCAGAUGAGACUGGCAACUUGCUGGAAAUGGUUUUUACCCCAAGACAUUCAGAAAAGUGCCUCAAACACUAAAGAAGGUUGAUCAGUACCUACUCUGGAGCAUUUCUCAUCAGUAGUUCACAUGGAAAUCGCCCGUCUUUACCAGGUAGUAUCAUCCUCACAGUGGACAUUUGGUGGCCUGUGCCAUUUUAUAGGCAUACCUCAUAUGGGCUGUCAGCAAGCCAGGAAACAUUGGUUGUCUGUUCUUGUCCAAACCAGAGAAACAGACUUCCAAAGAAAAUAGAGGCCAACAGUUUGCAGGGGAAAUGGUCAAUUCCACAAAACAGGCUUUGGAAAAGAUAGGCCAUGAGCAAAACUUAUGUCCGCCUUCCCACAAAAUCCCCACUGCCCUGCCCCAAGAACAUUUUAAUGUCUGGGGCGGAAGCACUCAAGUCCAUUAGAAAGACCAGGCUGGUGUCUGGGUAU